UACUAUGGUACAAUACUUUUCAAUGAUUUUAAAUUUGAAUCAUCGAAACAUGUUAUAUCGAUGAAUUACUUCAUAUUUUAUUAUCACAUAUGUAUUAUAAGGUAUAUAAUUGGACAGAUUUUAUUUGAUAUAUACUGUAUAAGAAGGGGAAAUACUGGUGUAUAAAUUCACAAUGACGUCAGAGACAAAGUAAAUAAAAUCAAAAUUAAUAGGAGGAACAUAUAUAAAGUUCAAUAUGAUUGUUUUCCUGUUGGUCUUUCUAUUGUAUUUUUGUUCUGGAAUUAAAACAAUAAACGGACAACCAUGUACGGCAACGGAUACUAUUGGUAGACAGAAUACACAGGACAAAGACAAUAAUGAUUAUAAUAAUGAAGGAGUGAAUGCUGUUUUGCUGAAUGACAACAAAUAUCAGUUUGAUUGCUGUGGCUUUAUUUCAACUUGGGAAAUAUUUGCCAGAAAUGGGGCAGCUGUUCCAAUUGAUGUAAAAGUACAGGUUUGGGAAGAUACAGGAGGAACUUUGUGGAAUCUUCGAGGAGAAAACACAAUCACUGCAAACACUGAUGAUGCCGAGAAUGUAGUAACAAUAACAGCCCCCAAUAGGAUUCGUGCAAGAAAUAACGAUUACAUAGGCUUUUAUGAACCUUUUGGGUCUGUGGUCACAUAUGGAGGUGGAAGCAGAUAUAAGACAACUAACUUUGGCUCAAAUCAAAUGUCUUAUGAUUGGAAUUCCGAAGCUCAAGGAAACAACAGGGAUCAUGCGAUUCAUGCCAUUAUAGUUGCAAGCCUGACUCCAGUGUUCACGAACUUAGACGAUACUGUAGCAGUGAGUAACAGUGAAGUAGCAGGAACUGUCUUGUUUACUCUUACCAUUAGUGACGGAGAUGCUGAGGAUGAUGCUACACAACUAACUUUAGCGAAUACAGUCAACACGGGAUCUGCUUCAACUUUGUUUGAAUAUAAUUCUCUUACAUUAGAAAUCAAAGUGAGGGCUGGUGUUACUCUGACUCCUGGAGAUCACUCAAUGACAUUUAGUAUUACAGAUCCAUGUGGACAGUCUUCAACAGGAACACUGACUUUACGAGUAGAAAAUGAUCCACCAGUGAUAACGAGUCUAGCUACAAGUAAUAAUAAAACUAUAUCCGAGGAUCUGACAACAGAGACUUUACUGGAUAUUCUCGAAGUCACCGAGUCGGAUCCCUUCACAUGUCAGAUAGAUUCUACAGGAGUUCCAUUUGUCAUAAAAACUAUAUCUGGAUCUUCCAAGUAUGGAAUUUUCCUAUCAGCUGGUGCAUCCAUGGAUUACGACACACAAAAUGCCUACGUUUUAGAUUUAUCGUGUACUGAUACUUAUGAUGUCACAACAGGAAUAUAUACAGUCUACCUUAAAAGGAACAAUCCACCUAUUAUUAAUGGACUACCUUUGGCAAUAGAUGUACAAGAGGACAGUGUUGUAGAAACCACUCUUUAUACCAUGUCUGUUACAGACCCAGAAAACACUGCUGUAACCUGUUCUAUUCCUACAAUUACACCAUCAACAACUAUACUAUUCCAAAAGCCAUCUGCUAACUUUAACGAAUUUGACAUUGUUUUGCAGUCGAAUCCCAAUCUUCAGUAUGAUUUAGUGCGAACUUACCGACUUGAUAUAACAUGCACAGACGGAAGACGAAGCGACACUGGUGUCUUCUUUGUGAAUGUUCUUCGAAACAAACCAACUAUAUUCUUAAAUCUGCAGAACACAACCACAGUUUCCAGCAUCUCAUCAUAUAUUGGACAAAUAGUGUUUGAUGUAGAAGUUACUGACCCAGAGAAUGACCAAGUUCAGUUUUCCAUGUCAUGUGUACCGUCUACCAAUUCGCCAUUUGAAAUUUACCACUCUGGUGAAAUAUUGCUAAAAAGGUCCAUUGAAGGAGAAUUCGUACCAGCCUAUGAUUGUUAUGUUGAAGUCAGCGAUGGAAAGACCACAACAGGUCCUAGGUCAUUGACUGUUCACGUUUUAGAUAUAAAUUAUGUUCCCGUGAUAAGAAACCUACCUCUUCCAUCACCUUUAGUAGUGUCUGAAAAUUCGCCUCUAGCCAUGAGUGUAUUCCAAGUAUCCAUACAAGACAACGACGGAGCGGAUACUCAUACAUAUACCAUGACAUCAUCACCACCGGAUGGUAUUUUGUAUUUUGAUAUAGACUCUGCAACUGGACUUGUGAGUACUUCAGCAACAACUAUAGUCGAUUUUGAGGCCGUAUCAUCAACAGACUAUACAUUAACAAUAACUGUCACUGACACGAAAGACUAUGCUACACAGAAUCUAUCUCUUACUGUUGCCAAUGUAAACGAACCUCCAGUGUAUACAAAGAAAUCUUAUGUACUUAGUGUCAAUGAAGGUUCGGCAGGUACAGUUCUGCCUGAUCCUGGAUAUUUGUAUACAGAUGAGGAUACAGGCGACACACACAAGUUUUCAAUGACUUGUGGGUCAAAUGUGGGAUAUUUUUCUAUUUCGUCCACCACAGGAUUUAUAACCCUCGCUACAGAUAUUGAUGUUGAUGCAGCUGGCUCUGCUACUUCCUAUGCCUGCACAGUGGUAGUAUCAGAUAGUGUAUUAACUGAUAGUGCCACUUUAACAAUCAAUGUAAACAAUAUCAACGACAACACUCCAGUAUUUUCCAAUAAUUUAUUCACUUACUAUUUGGACAUCGGUUAUCCUUUGAACACUGUGUUUGGUUCUGCUAUCGCCACGGAUGCUGAUUCUGGAUCGUUUGGAACAUUCACUUAUAGUAUUGACCAGACCUCUUUAGGAAUAGAAACAUUUGGGAUACAGACUAAUGGGGACUUAUAUUUAAAGAAUUCCUUAACUAGUUAUGGAUAUGGUGCAAGUCUGAGCUUUACAAUACAGGCAACUGAUACCGGAAGUCUUCAAGGAACGGCCACGGUUUAUGUUGUAAUACCACAAACAACAACUACAUCAACAACAACAACGAACCGAUAUUUAACGUUCUGGGAAUACCCUGCUAAUCCAGCAUGGGUUGUUAUUCUCAGUGUUCUUGGGGUUUUCAUUUUGUGUCUACCUUGUUUUAUGGUCUGGAAAAACAAGGGAUCUUGUACAUAUAAAGGAAGAACUGAUGAUUACAAGGAGAGAAUAAGAGAACCAAGUGAAGUGUAUGAAAACAAAGAGGACAUGACGAAACAGAGAAAGUUUAAUCUGAGAUGGAAGCCAUGGAUGUGGUUUGAGCGAAGUUGAAUGAACCAAUAUAACAACUCAAUGACUGUUCAGUGAUUCGAAUAUUCAGUUCCAGAUUCUUAUUGUGAUUUCAUAGGAAAUCGAGUAGUAAUUUGUGUUCACGUAAUACUAUGUAACUAUUUACUCACGUAAAGCAGUAUAGUCUGGUUUUGUCUUCAUGAUUACCACGAUUAUUGCUAGAAUGCUUUUCCAUUGACACUUAUCUUUCAUAAGUAUUUCAUUUGAUUUCAAUGCUUAACAAAAUGUCAUAAUACUUGACAUAAAUAUCUAUAAAGUGAAAUUUAAUUUGUUGAAUUAGCUUUUAAAAUGUAUCGGUCCGUGGAAUUGAUCAAUUGAAUAAUUUUAAAACGCCCGAUAAAGUGAUCGAUAAACAAAAUUGGAAUGCAUCAAAUUGCUAAGCGCUUAUUACUAUGCUAAAGUUUUAUAUACAACGAGGCUGGUUUUGACCAUUUAAACGUUAUUUAAUUAACAUAUCUGAUAUUUUCCCUUUUUUUUCUCUUCUUUUUUUUAAUUUAUCAAUGAUCUAACUAUGACGCAAGACCAAUUUCGGUCUCAUAGACUUUUCUAUUCUUCAUUUUCUUUCGUUUAAGCUAAAACAUUUUUGCUAGGUUUUUUUGUAUGCAUAUUGUUUCGUUGCCUCAAUUUAACGUGUCGUUCUUUUUAUUUGCCUGCUUUUCAAUGAUUUUGUUCUGCGUGAAAAACAAAACGCAACUAAGAAAGCGGCAGUUGCUUUGUUUCAUUGUAAGCUGUUUGUUUGAACAGAAGUGUACGCCAUCAUCAACCUAUACGAAUAAAAAUAUUUUUUCUUUUUCUUGUUA